AACAACAAGUCUCUGAGGAGAAACCCUUUCACCGGAUUCUUUCUUUCUUCUUCUUCUUCGAAAGAAAGAAAUGAUGGAGGAAGGGCCAGGGUUUGGAUUCCGUCCGAACAACGAUGAGCUCGCGGGUUACUAUCUCCUUCACAAAAUUCUGGGAAACCAUAAUCUCGUCGACGGAGUCAUCAAAGAGAUCGUCAACAUCUGCAGCUUUGAUCCUUGGGACUUGCGCUUUCACUCGAAGAUCAAAUCGAGCGAUCUUAUAUGGUAUUUCAUAUCUAGAGAAAACAACGGGAGUAAACAGAACAGGACGACGCGUUCCGGGUACUGGAAGCUUACCGGACUACAAGUAGAUGUCAAGGAUCAGUGGGGACACUUGACUGGUGUUCGAGGUAAGAAGAUUGGUCACAAAAGGGUUUUGACUUUCCACAGUUGGAACAAUCAGGAAAGCAGCAGCAACUCUUCUGAGAAUAACAAGUCAGCAGCUUGGGUGAUGCACGAGCUUCACUACACCCACACCGACUUGCCUGAACACAAGAGGAUGUCAUAUGUCGUAUGCAGACUGGAAUAUAAAGGUGACGACGAAAACAUCCUAUCUGCAGAUCCCACUUUCGCUCCCACUAUGGCCAAUAGUGCAAACUCUGUGGUCGAUCAAGGGAAUUCAGGAUAUAACAACACUUUUGCCGAUUAUCAGGACCAGCAGUUUGGCGCAAUCUUGGAGUAUGCUUUACCAAAUCAAAGCGAUUGGAAUCAGGACGACCAGCAGUAUAGGGAUUGGCAUACACAAAAACAGCUUGAAUAUUUGGAAACGAAACUUAUGGAAGAUCCCAGCCGUCACCGCCCUAAAAAGCCACUCAGUGGGACUAAUGAUAGCAUGAGUGAUAGUGACACUGACUCAAUGAAUGGGAGAGACGCUUGGAGUUCGACAGAUAGUGUUGGUAGUACAGAUGCACCAUACCAUACUCCUAAAGAUGAUACUCCAUCGCUGAGUGAGCCUUUGUACAAUCGCGAGGCACAAGAGCAACCAAAGCAGCUGGAGUUGCAGUUGCAGGGCAAAGAAAAGGUGAUGAAUAAGCAGAAAAGCGAAUGCGAGUUUAAGAUGGCUCAAGACUUGAUCAAGAAGGCUCCAUCCCCUACUGCGGUGAAACAAAGCUGGAUUGUUAUGGAGGAGAUGAGUCAUAGUAAUCCACAAUGGAUCUAUCUCAAGAUCAUGAUCAUUCGCUUCUUAUUGUUAUGGAAGAGAUGAGUCAUAGUAACCCCACACUGGAUCUUGUUUUCUGUUUUUUUUUGUGUGUUUUUUUUUCUGUUUUUUAGCUCGGAAAAGUCGGAAGUUUGUGCGAUUAGUGUGGAGAAGAGAGAGAAAAAAAAAAGAGAGGUAAAAAAAUAUGCAGAGAAAAAAGAAAAGAAAAGAGAGGUAAAAAAAAUAUGUAGAAAAAAAAGAAAAAGGAGGUAAAAAAAUUAUAUAUAAUUUUGUGUGGUGUAAUAAUAGAUAAAACGAUUUUGCAUUA